UGGCAGUUGGUCCACUCAUGUUGAAGCAGGAGGAGGAUGAAACUGCGCACCCUUUUUUUCUUUUCAUUUUGAUGACUUGUGUUGACGUUCUACUCUUUCAGUGACUUAAGAAUGAAAGUUUGAAGUUGCACCUGAAAGAAAAUGACUAGCCCCUGCAGGAGCCUAUGUGACCCGAAAGGCAUCAACGACAGUCCCGGUCACAAACCCGAGCCUCCUCGCUACCGCAGCUGGGGAAGCCUCCGCUUCUCCCGCUGGAGAAGCGGCUCCCAGAAGGCCAGCUGUCCCGGGACGCCCUCCCCGAAGACGGACAAGAGGAGCGACGUGAGCAGGACGCUCUUCUCGCUGGUCAAGACGCACAACGACGACUACACGGCAGACCCCAGCGGCCUGCUGGACGUCAACGGUGAAGACGACGAUGGUUGUGAUGACGAUGUGGUCCUGGACCAGUCCACCUACUUCCAGAAACAGUUUGGCUCCAUGCUGCAGCCCGGCGUCAACAAGUUCUCGCUUCGAAUCUUUGGAAGCCAAAAGGGCGUUGCUGCAGAACAGGCCAGGGUCAAAUCCUUUGGAGUAUGGAUCAUUCACCCUUACAGUGACUUCAGGUUCUACUGGGACCUUGUCAUGCUCCUGCUGAUGAUGAGCAAUCUGGUGCUGUUGCCGUGGGGCAUCACCUUCUUCGAGGACCAGAACACCAUCCCGUGGGUCACUUUCAACGUCCUCUCCGACACACUCUUCCUCCUGGACCUUAUCUUCAACUUCCGCACGGGCAUCCUGGGCGAGGACAGCCACAUCGUGCUGGACCCCAAGCAGAUCCGCGUGCACUACCUGCGCUCCUGGUUCCUGGUGGACUUCGUCUCAUCCAUCCCCGUGGACUACAUCUUCCUGGUGGUGGACUUGGAGUCGCUGCAUGACUCGUCUGACAUGUACCGCACCGCCCGCGCCCUUCGGAUCGUGCGCUUCACCAAAAUCCUCAGCUUGCUGCGACUCCUCCGCCUGUCUCGUCUCAUUCGCUACAUCCACCAGUGGGAGGAGAUGUUCAACAUGACCUAUGACCUGGCCAGUGCAGUGGUGCGUAUCGUUAACUUGAUCGGCAUGAUGCUUCUGCUGUGCCACUGGGACGGCUGCUUGACAUUCAUGGUGCCCAUGCUGCAAGACUUCCCAGCCGACUGCUGGGUGUCUAAAAAUAACAUGGUGAACGCCACCUGGCACAUCCAGUACUCUUACGCCCUCUUCAUGGCGAUGAGUCACAUGCUGUGCAUCGGGUACGGCGCCCACCCACCGGAGGGCAUGAGCGACGUCUGGCUGACCAUGAUGAGCAUGGUGGUGGGGGCCACCUGCUACGCCAUGUUCCUGGGCCACGCUGCCAACCUGGUGCAGUCUUUAGACGCCUCGCAUCGGCAAUAUCAAGAGAAGUACAAACAAGUGGAGCAGUACAUGUCAUUCCAUAAGCUGCCAGCGGAUGUCAGGCAGAGGAUUCAUGACUACUAUGAGCAGAGAUUCCAAGGCAAGAUGUUCGAUGAGGACAGCAUCUUGGGAGAGCUCAGUGAUCCGCUAAAAGAGGAAAUUGUCAGCUACAACUGCCGAGGCCUGGUGGCCAACAUGCCCCUCUUUGCCAACACCGACCCUCAUUUUGUGACCGUCAUCCUGACCAAGCUGCGCUUUGAGGUCUUCCAACCCGGAGAUUUCAUCAUCAGGGAGGGAACGCUGGGUCGCAAAAUGUACUUCAUCCAGCACGGCACCGUGGUGGUGACGCCGCAGGGCAGCAAGGAAAUAAGACUCAGCGACGGAGCCUAUUUUGGGGAGAUCUGCCUGUUGACGCAAGGACGACGCACAGCCAGCGUCGUGGCGGAAACCUACUGUCGGCUUUACUCUUUGAGCGUGGACAGCUUCAACGAGGUGCUGGAGGAGCACCCUCUCAUGAGGAGGGCCUUCGAGAGCGUGGCUGUGGACCGACUGGGGCGGGUUGCCAGGAGAGCCAGCCAUCAGCCUUCUGAGUGAACUUCUUUCGCCUGGACAGACCACCUUAUAUGGAAACCCUCAAUAACCAUGAGUUUUGCUUCUGUUUACUCCUUCAACUCCAAUAUUCAACUCAGUCUGUGAAAUUCCUAUGCAAUUCCUCAUUGUAGAUACAUGUUUUUUUUUCUUGUACAGCUUUAAAAACUGUCUUUCGAAGGCUUUACUGACAAAUCCUAUGUAGCUGCAACAAUCUUUGGGUUUCUUACGACUAAUGUUCACAAAGGACAAUUGACCAGUUGAGGACUUUUAAUAUUCAGUAUUAUCAUGUUAUAUUUUUAUGGAAAAUAGUACAUAUAGUUUCUGACACAUUUCUGACCUGUCAAAGAAUAAAGUGCAUCAAUAUGUACAUCAAACAAUUAUGACGCUGUGUGUAAGAGCAACACAAUUCUUGAUUCGAAUGCAACCAUUCUACUGUAGGGUGAUAAAUAAACAAAACACAAACUAAACAAAUAUUUUAUUUAUUAAAAAUGUCAAAGAAAAUAAAUGAUGAAAUAAGUAGUUCUGUUCUGAUGUAGUGAAACACAACUACAGUACUAUGAUUGACCAGCAUUGGUUCUCAAACCUUUUUUUUUAAACCAAGUACCACCACUGCAAACACUUGGCUUCUAAGUACCAGCAAUAUAAUGCAGUAGCGUAAUAUGCUUUAGAUUUUAUUUGAUCAUUAUAUUUAAUAUUUUUGGCCACUGUAACAUUGCACACAGUUUCAACAGUGUCACUGUUUCCAUCCAUCCAUUUUCUACCUGUUGUCCCUUUCUUGGGCACUACCAUCACCCAGGACUUCAAGUGGGAGCCGACCAUCAGCUCCCUCAUCAAGAAGGCCCAGCAGAGGAUGUACUUCCUGCGGAAGCUGAGGAAACUUAAGGUGCCGACCGAGAUGCUGGUGCAGUUUUACUCAGCCAUCAUUGAGUCCAUCCUCACCUCCUCCAUCACCGUGUGGUUCCCCGGCGCCACAGUCCAGGAUAAGCAUCGACUGCAGCGCAUCGUACGUGCUGCUGAGAAGGUGAUUGGCUGCAAGCUCUCAUCCCUCCAGGACUUAUUCUCCUCCAGGACCAGGAGGCGUGGGGGUCGGAACACAGCUGACUCUUCUCACCCUGGACACAAACUAUUCUCCCCUCUCCCCUCAGGCAGGAGACUACGGUCCAUCCAGACCCACACCUCCCGCCACCUGAACAGUUUUUUCCCCUCGGCCAUCAGGCACAUGAACAAUAACUCCUAACAGUAGCUCCUUUGAAUUCCUUCUAAGUCUAUAACAAGAUCUGAUAGCUCAGUUACAGCUCUUGUUAUUACCAAAUCUGUGUUAUAUGUGUUUUAUGUUGCACGAU